GAGCCAUACUACGAUCUCGGCACCUACAAAUGGACAGUAACCUCGGACUCUCCAGAAGCCCGGCUAUGGGCUAAUCGGGGCCUGAUCUGGGCUUAUUCAUUCAACCACGAAGAAGGCAUCAAAUGCUUCAAAGAAGCCGUCAAACACGAUCCUUCCUGCGCCAUAGCCCACUGGGGCGUCGCCUUCUGUUCCGGACCCAACUAUAACAAAGCCUGGGCGCUCUUCGGACGGGAAGACGUCUUGAAAUCCUCUCAGCUCGUCAAAGAUGCUCUGGACCGAGCCCUCGAAUUGUCAACACAAGCAUCUCCUGCGGAACAGAAGUUGAUCAAGGCGCUUGGUGCUCGGUUUCCGCCGGUGGGCACUAUCCCGGACGACUUCUCUCCUUUGAAUCGCGCGUAUGCCGACGCCAUGCGACCUGUGUAUGAGGCUCACCCGGAUGAUGUCGAUGUCGCUGCUCUGUUCGCUGAAGCCUUGCUAUGCAUCUCUCCGCGCGGGCUGUGGGACUUGGACACGGGAAAGCCGACGGGUGAUCACACGGUGGAAGCUCAGAAUGUCAUCGAGAGAGCCUUUGAGUCGCCUGAGGGUUUCGCUCAUCCGGCUCACUGUCAUCUUUACAUCCACUUGUUAGAAAUGAGUCCUGUCCCCGAACUCGCCCUCCCCGCCGCCGACCGUCUCCGCGGCAUGGUCCCCAAUGCCUCGCACAUGCUGCACAUGCCCACCCACAUAGAUGCCGCAGUUGGAGACUACCGCCGGGGCAUCUCCUCCAACGACGAAGCCAUGGCCGCCGACGACGCAUACUUCGCCAAACUCGGCCCUCUCGACUGCCUCCUCUACCGCGCCUACCGCGCCCACUACGUCUCCGCAAAAUUGUACUCCUCCAUCAUGGCCGGCAGAUAUUUCGAUGCUCUGUCGGCGGCCAACAAGAUGGAGGAAAUUCUGCCAGAAUACAUCCUCACCGCUCCAUCCCGGCUUCCCCUGGCGGACAUCAUGGAACCCUUCCUCGGCAGCAAAGCCCACGUGCUCAUCCGCUUUGGGCGGUGGGAGGACAUCCUCAACUUACCCAUCCCCUCGAAUCGCGAACUGUACUGCUCCACGUACGCCGUCACCCUCUACGCUCGGGGUAUCGCUCUCAGUGCUCUAAACCGCAUUCCCGAAGCCGAAGCCACCUACCAAGAAUUCCUGCUCGCCCGCGAAAAAGUGCCCAUGACCCGGCUCAACAGCAUUCCCGUGCGGCAAUACAACGUCCUCGGCGUCGCGGAAAAGAUGCUAGCGGGUGAAAUCGCCUACCGUAAAGGCGAUUUCGACACAGCCUUCUCCAUCUUCCGCGAAGCAGCCGCUCGAGAAGAUAACCUACAAUACUCCGAUCCGCCGCCUUGGAUGCAGCCGGUGAGACAUGCGUUGGGAGGACUCCUGCUGGAGCAAGGGAGAGUGGCGGAGGCGGAGAGGGUGUUCCGUGAGGAUUUGGGGUGUGCGGAGGGGUAUCCGCGGCGGAAGGCGAAGUUGAACAAUGUUUGGGGAUUGCAGGGGUUGCACGAGUCGCUCGUGAGGGGCGGGAAAGAGGAUGAGGCGAGGUUAGUAAAGCCGGGGUUGGAUGUUGCGAUGGCGGGUGCGGAUGUGGAGUUGAAUGUUUCGUGUUUUUGUCGGUUGGAGAAGGUUGGGCAGGGGAAGGGAUUUUGUUAG